AAAAGAAGUCAGUUUCUCUUCUUAUCUCAAUAAUCACUCAUCCUGCAAAUAUUUAGUAAAUUUAUCUCAAUAAACAUUUAUCUCAUUUUUAUCUCUCUACGCCCCUCCGAUCUGUAUCUCCAAUAACCGUUAGAGAGAGAGCCUCUUCAGUUCCUUUGCAUUUGGUUUUCCAGCUUGCUGUGAAGAGAGAGAAAGAUGGGGAGGAGGAUAUUGAACGAUGCCUUGAGGGCAAUAGUGAACGCAGAGAGGAGAAGUAAAUCUACUGUGGAGUUACAGCCCAUUUCUACUGUCACGUCUUCUUUUCUUAAGAUCAUGAAAGACAGGGGAUAUAUAAAAAACUUUCAUGUUUAUGAUCCACACAGAGUGGGAAGGAUAACUGUUGAAUUACAAGGCAGGGUUACUGAUUGUCGAGCUCUCACUUACAGGCAAGACAUUAAGGCAAAGGAUAUAGAAGCUUACAGAUUGCGGAACCUUCCUACACGGCAGUGGGGUUAUGUUGUGGUCACAACUCCGGAUGGUAUAUUGGAUCAUGAAGAGGCUAUCAGUCGGAAUGUGGGAGGUCAGGUUCUUGGUUAUUUUCAUUAGAUGUGUCUUCUGUGUCAUCUUUUCAGAUUGUGAGAACUUGGAAGCUCAAAAGGACCAUGAUGGUUCUUGUUUUCUUUUCCUUUUUUGAAGGGUAAAUUAACUUUCAAUUGAAGCCCGCAUCUCCUCUCUCUUUUAAGUGAAAUGAGUUUACUUUAGCUGUAUCAAAAGUAACAGUCAAUGGCUCCUUUAUCAUGUAGUCAAGUUCAGACUUUGCGAA